UUUCAGAGUGUGGAUCUUUCAGGACAGGAUGGCGUUUGUCAAGAAAAGUCAUUUCCUCCUGGCACUCAGUGAGUAUAGUAGAGUUUAAUAUGAAUAUGUUUAACCCCUUAGGACACAUGGCAUGUGUGAAAUGUCAUGAUUCCCUUUUGUUCCAGAAGUUUGGUCCUUAAGGGGUUAAAGACGUUACAUUGUAAAUUAGAGGCUCUAAUGUUCAUAUGAUUUUUUUUCUGCAGUUUUGGCUCUGACACUUGGCCGAGGAUAUUCAGAAUCAGGUAAACUGUAACACAAAUCCAAUGUUUGUUAUGAAACCUCUGGGGAGAGAUGGCUGAUUUACAAUAACCUUAAUGUUCCGUUGCUACAGGCAUAUUUGGGAGGUCUUUUAUCACGAUAGUCUGUAUUUUUGGGUUUAUUUAAGUUUCUCAGUGCACAGUAUCGGGAGUAUACCACGAUAUUCUAGAUCUUUUUCUCGUCUCUCCAUAAUGACUGGGUAGUUAAUGUGUGUCAGUCCAUAUCGUAGUAUACUGCUCAGUUGGAGCCACUACCUCUAUAUCCACUUUUAUGGGAAGAGACACUUAUCCAGACAAUACCAUGUGACAUGGGAAUACGUAAAUAAUGUCUGCAUUAACAUCAGGAUUUGUAAACACGUUUCACUUCUUGGCUUUAUCCAUGGCCUUUAGUCAUAUAUGCUGAGCUUCCUAUAAAUGGAGAUAGUGGACCACAUGCUGGGAGGCUAAGCCAGAAGACUUGUUGAAAAAACUGUAUUAAUUCAUGCAUACAUAUUGCAAAAUAAUAUGACAAUGGCUAAAAUGCAUUUAAUCUUUUAUUGUAAACAAGAAAAAUGUAUGACUUUAAACAAUUCAACUUUUAUUGUUCUAAUUUAUUCAUAGAAUCUCUACUCUAUCCAUAUGGACCGUCGGAGGGUGACCACAAGAAUCCGGUGCAAGACGACGGGACGUCUGGUGAAGUUUCCAUCUCAGUUGGUUUUAAAUUCUUCAGUAAAGAAUACACAACUUUGUUUGUAAGCAUCAUUCUCUUUAAAUGCUGAUAGAAACAUUUAAAUAUAUAAAGGGAAUCAACUCAGUAAAGGAGGAGACUAUAUUUAAAAGAAGAAAAACUACCACAACAAGAGGACAUAGUCUUAAAUUAGAGGGGCAAAGGUUUAAAAAUAUCAGGAAGUAUUACUUUGCUGAGACGGUAGUGGAUGCCUGGAAUAGCCUUCCAGCUGAAGUGGUAGAGGUUAACACAGUAAAGGAGUUUAAGCAUGCGUGGGAUAGGCAUAAGGCUAUCCUAGCUAUAAGAUAAGGCCAGGGACUAAUGAAAGUAUUUUGAAAAUUGGGCAGACUAGAUGGGCCGAAUGGUUCUUAUCUGCCGUCACAUUCUAUGUUUCUAUGUUUCUAAAUAGUUCCUUUUUUCUUUAGAUGAGAGCACUGUAAACUAAGCCAUGUUUCAUAAACUAAAAAGAAUACAUAUAUUAAUAGAUUUAUUGAUCUCCAGGUAAAUAAUAACGGAGUGAUUUCCUUUAAAACGGCCGUUUUCCAAUACACUCCAGACGCUUUCCCCCUGACCAAUGGAGAAACAUUUGUGACCCCAUUCUGGGGAGAUGUGGACAACGAGCUGCAUGGCGACGUAUAUUACCGGGAGAGCACAGACGACAAUCUGUUAAAAAUGAUAACCAAAGAUAUGGAAAAGCAUCUACCUGAGCAGCAUUUCAUUCCAACCUGGGCCUUUAUAGCCACCUGGGACAAAGUGGCCUACUACGGGUCAGCAUCUGAAAAGGUGGGCUCAGCUUGUUUCAAUGUAACCUUUCAAAGAUUCAAUUAAAAAAAUGUAAAAUUGAAUUGGGACAGAAUAACUAGAAUCUCAAAACAAAACCAACUAACAUGCACACACUUGAACACAAAAACACACACACUCACCACUACGGUACUAAAAGGGACUAGCUACACCACAUCUGCAAAAAUAGAGUUUCACUUUGGAUGUCUGCAUGACAUUAUGCUGCUAUGGACGGUUUCUUUUUUUUUAAUUCAAUUUUUUUAGAAAAAUAAAUACAGGAAUUAUAUAACGUGUCUACGUUGGUGUUACAUCACAGUGCGCCAAGCCGGUAAUGGUCCAGUUAGAUUGCAAUAUCGGUUGGUAACACCUCCAGGGACCAUAAAACAGUGGUAACUAAGUACAUAGCUUGGCUAGUCAAAACAAGUCUUCUAGAUGCUAUACAAUGUAGACACCUGUAGCAGGUUAUACAUUAAAUAACUGUAACCGUUCCGUGAUGCAGGAAGAUGGUGGCAUUCCAGAAAAUCGAUAGUGAAUGAGUUAUUUACUAAUCUGGAAUGUGAAGGGAUUUUAACAUUUUAUUCCAAAACAACUAAAUUAGCAAGAUUUCACAAUAAGCAUAAUUUUAGCAAAAUCACGUCUCUUGUAAAUUCUGACAUUUCUCAGCAGACCUGAAUAAAGUCUAUGUGGGUAAAACCUGAUCAAUGAAAGUAGGAAACCAAAUCAGGAGAGCUAUCAUCUGAGUACUGAGUUUAUACCUUAGUUAACAUGAGAAUUGGGUUUGUGGUUGGAAUAUGUUCAUUUUCUAUGGAUUUUGCCCAGCCGGACAUAAUCUAGUGUUUAGUGCAUAACCCCAAGAAGGCGAACAUCUUGGAAUCUCAUGCAUAUUUUUCUGACCCUGAUAAUUACUGAUUGGCUAGCUAAACCAUGUGACUUCUGUAGCCAAUCAAAAUUUGAGCUUCUAACAGAUAAGAUAUUUAUCUUUCAACAUUCACUGCACAGCGAGGAGAAAAUGUUUAUUUGGCUAGUCUAAUUAAAAAAAAAAGGGGGGCGGGUCCGGAUCGCCGAGCUGGACGGUCGCAAGCAAGACCAGCUCCUGCAACGUUAUCAACGUUAAAGCUUUUAAAACAUGACUUUUUAAGUAAAAGCAGACCAACUGCAAUGGUCCUCAGUGCAAAGGGAACACUGAAUCCAGGGAGAGGCUGGCUCCUCAAGUUUCAGUCCCCUAGAGGAGAAAUCUUCAAUGUCCCAGUUGGGGCCUUCUCCGGCGGUGAGUGGGGCAGAUGGCUGCUGCCCCGCUAUCCUGCCUAACAGAACCCAGCCAGAGGCCCAAACCGCGUGACCCUGGCCCUGUUCCCCCCCCCCUCUGGACCGGUGGGGGUGAUCCCGGUCCUCACCCUAUGGCCCCGACCGCGGAACUGCAAGCAAGGCGCAGCAACAACACCACCUUGAUCUGCGGCCCAAGCGCUGCAUCUUAUUCUGGAGAAAAAACGACCUUAAUUUAGUUUAAUAAAAUGUUAAGUGAUGGGCAGAUCCUUAUAAUAUAACUAUGAUAUUAUUUGCUUAUGAAUGAUCUGAAAUCAUCUAUUCACAGCUUGAAAACACUCAGGAAGCAGAACAGCGUGUACAUUAUUCUACAAAAACAGCUUAAUUUAUUUAGUAAGCACAUUAAAAUAAAUUCCCCCUCUUGCUAAAUAAUGAAAUGAUUAGUAUUACUAAAAGAAUAUCAUUAAUCUCGAUUAUGGAGAAAGUGACAUAUUUAGGUGUUUAUAUUUAAAUGAAAUUGUUUAUUGUUAGAAGGCUAUUUCUAAGCAUUAUUUACAGCAAGAAGGGGUUUGCUUUUAUGGGGGCUGGUGAGCUUACACUUCAUUUCCCACUGUCCUCUGCUAUUUAAAUGUCAGUAUUCUUCUUUGCUUCUAUUUUAUAUAUUGGAUUGAUAUAUUAGCCAUUGCUGCUGCCCAGGGCUUAAUUCUGUGUCUUUAUAUUUACACCAACGCCCAGUUUAACACAUUCCAAGCUGCUCUCACAACCGAUGGCUUCAGAUACUUUGUCAUCAUGAACUAUGACGACAUCCAGUGGACGACCGGAACAGCUAGUGAUGGGGACCCUGAAACAGGAUUGGGGGGAACGCCAGCUCAGGUACUGUAUUACCGAGAAUGUUCUACUUGUUAAUAGUUGUGACUUCUCUAAAUAACAAGAACAGAAACUAUAAAAGUGUAACAUACAAGAUCCAGCGCAUAAAACCCCCACCCACUGUUAGUUCGUUUGAGCAAGGGCCUCUUCAACAUAUCGUUCCUGUAAGUUUUCUUGUAAUUGUCCUAUUUAUAGUUAAAUCCCCCCUCUCAUAAUAUUGUAAAGCGCUACGGAAUCUGUUGGCGCUAUAUAAAUGGCAAUAAUAAUAAUAAAAACGGGAAUUUCAAAGUUUACAGAUUAUAAUGGGUUUUUUUUGUUUGUUUUUUAAAACAGCUAACCUAGGCAAAACUAAUGGUGGUUUGGUUAGAGUAUGUGGUCAUUAACCUGCCACAACGUCAAUGUACCCCACAGGGCCAGAUUAAGAGCCCAGUGGGCCUGGUGCUGACAAUUAUGAGGGGCCUAAUUACAGAAUCAUAUCGACCAAAAACAGUAAAACACUCCCAAGCAUCAUGUAUCUGAUGGAGAUGGAGAUGGUGCUGGAGAGAAAGAAAACAGCAGCUAUAAGAAAACACAUACCCUAGGCUAAUCUCUCUCUAAUUUAUGUUUUCAUCUUUCAAGUAAUCCAUAACCCCUAACAGCUGUGUCCAGUCAAGCAGGAAGUCAAUGGGCAUGGUAAAAGGGUGUGCCACUGACACAAAUCACGUAACCUGCCAAAAGGGGCAAACAUGCCCAAAAAGAGGACAUGUCUGCUCAAAGAAUUAGAAGGCCACCCUGGCAUGAAUGCAUGUCAGACUGCCUGCCAAUCAUGCAGCUAGCCAACUAAGGGCAUACUAUGCAGACAGCACCCUGAGCUUGGCAUAAAUGCAUCUAAUGAUGCGCUCACUCAACGCUUUCUAAGGACCGUCCCCUAGCACUCGCUCGUCCACUUGUCUCCUUACCUUCUUACUAGCAGGCAGAAGCUCCUGGUAUAUGGUCUGGGACAGAGAAAAGCUGUAUGUAGCGAGUGUAGAAGAAAGGGAACAUGCCACAGUGUUAGAGAGACCAAAGUCAGCAUUACCUUAAAGGAUCACUAUAGGGUCAGGAACACAAACAUGAAUUCAUGACCAUAUAGUGUUAACACCACCAUCUAGCCCCCUGGGCCCCACAUGUCUCCAUAAAUAUAGCAAAAUCCUACUAUAUUCAAGCCUGAAGCUGUAACUCUGCAUGCUGUUAGGCUCAUAAAAACAAGCAGUCUGCUGACAUCAUUAGAAGUGGUGGCCUGAUCCAAUCACAGUGCUUUCCCAUAGGAUUGGCUGAGACUGACAAAGAGGCAGAUCAGGAUCAGAGCCAGCAUGAUUCAAACACAGCCCUGGCCAAUCAGCAUCUCCUUAUAUAGAUUAAUGUAAUUAAUGAAUCUCUAUGAGGAAAGUUCAGUGUCUGCAUGCAGAGGGAGGAGAUACUGAAUGUUUGGAUUCAUUUUAGGCAGCCAUGACCCAGGGAGGAUCUCUAACAGUCAUCUAAGGAGUGGCCAGUGAAGUUAUCACUAGGCUGUAAUGUAAACACUGCAUUUUCUCUGAAAAGACAGUGUUUACAGCAAAAAGCCUGAAGGUAAUGAUUCUACUCACCAGAACAAAUUCAAUAAGCUGUAGUUGUUCUGGUGACUCUAGUGUCCCUUUAACUAUAUUCAUUGUCAGCCAGUCCACACAAGUUUUGUUCCCAUACAUCCCUCUUAAGUUUCCAUACUUAAGUAAGAGUAUGUGAAAAGUAGUUAGGGUUGCCACCUUUCUUGGAAAAACAUACCGGCCUUGCUAAUUUGCAUAAUUAAAUAUGUAUGGGUGACAUCACAUGAUGUAAAUCACAAGGAGUGACAUAAGAGAAAAUGCUGUAAAAUCACCAAAAAACUACUUAGUUUAAAUCUGCUGUAUAGAUGGAUUCCUCCCAGUGCCCCCAUGUCUCCCAGUGCCCUCAUGACUCAGUGCCCCCAUGUGUCGAUUACUCCAGGUCUCAGUGUUCCUUUGUAUCAGUGUCUCAGUGCCCCAUGUCUCCCAGUGUCCCCUAAUUGUGUCCCCAGGUCUCCCAGUGAUCCUAUGUAUCAGUGUCUCAAUGCCCCAUGUCUCCCUGUGUCCCCAUGUAUCCCAGGGUCCCCAUGUCACUAGGACACUAGGAAGACGGGGAGACCUGGGGACACGGGGAGACCUAGGGACAAGGAGACACCAGUGACACUGGGAGACUAAGGGGACACAUGGGGACAAUGGGAAAAUAGGGGACACUUGAAGACAUGAGGACACAGACACCAGGGACAAAGAUACUAGAGACACUGACUGGGGGACAUGGGGAUAUUGAGACAUGGGGGCACUGGGAGACAUGGGGACACUGAGACACCAGGGCCACAGACACUAGGAACACUAGCUUGGGGACAUUGUGACACUUGAGGCACUGAGAGACAUUGAGGCAAUAGGAGACAUGGGGAUAGUGAGACACUGGCAGACUGUGGGCACUGGCAGACUGUGGGCACUGGGAGACUAGGGGUCACUGGGAGACUAGGGGGCACUGAGACACCAGGGACACUGGCUGGGGGACAUGGGGUCCCCAUGUGUCUGUGCCAUAAUGUCUCCCAAUGUCCCUUAGUGUCUCAGUGUCUGCCAUAAUAUCUCCCAAUGUCCCUUAGUGUCUCAGUGUCUGCCAUAAUGUAUCUCCCAAUGUCCCUUAGUGUCUCAGUGUCUGCCAUAAUGUCUCCCAAUGUCCCUUAGUGUCUCAGUGUCCCCAUGUCUCCCAGUGUCCCUUAGUGUCUCAGUGUCUGCCAUAAUGUCUCCCAUGUCCCUUAGAGUCUCAGUGUCCCCAUGUCUCCCAGUGUCUGCCAUAAUGUCUCCCAGUGCCCCUUAGUGUCUCAGUGUAUGUCUCCUUGCAGCCUUUUCCCCCAUCCCUUACUUCCCUGAGCUGUAGGCUGUUUCUGCAGGGUGGGAGUUGCUGUCUGGACUCUCUGUAGCUGCACCCCUGCAGAUCAGUGAGUAUAGAUAGGCAGGGAGGGAUAUGCUGGAACUUCCUAUCCCUGCCUGUCUCCACAUACAGUGACCCCUACUGGCCAGUGCUGGUAUUGCAGAGUAAUCUCCAUUUAUACUGAGAAAAAUACCAGCAUUUAUAUUGCCAGUAUCACUGCAAUAUUGGCACCAGCCAGGCAGCCUCAAAUACUGGCUGUGCCAAUAAAAUAAAAGCCAUGUGGAAUCCCUAAAAGUAGUGUGUGAAAAAAAAAAAAAAAAAAAAAAAAAUUUUUUUUUUUUUUUUUUAAAUCAAUGGGCCUAUUCCAUGGGCCUGGGCCUGGAGCUGCAGCUCCAUCAGCCCCUAUGUUAAUCCGGCCCUGGUACCCCACCAUAGCAACCUACUGUCUGGUCUUAUGAGAAAAGCAUACUCUAAACGUGUUUGCCUCGCUUCUAACAGGCUGGAUUCAAUAGUGGUGAUGUAUCACACUACUUCAAUAUCCCUGGGUCCAGAACGGCAGAGGUCUUGAAGAUCAAGUCAACCUCUAAUGUCAACUAUCCUGGUCGAUGGAUCUUUAGAGUCGAUAAUUUUGAAGUUCCUGGUGGAUGUGUGUAUAAAGGUGAGUAAACUGUAUAAUUAAAUUAUUUGGCAAUCCACCAACGUUUUUUAAAUAUAAUUUUGGAUUUUUCUCACAGUUUAAAUUAUUGUAAAUUAUUUCAGAUCCCGGUAGAUGUUUGAAUUUAUUAAUUUGCAUAUUUUUUUGUUGUUUAAAUGUUUUUAAAUCUGUUUUUCCUGUUAUCAUUAUACCGAUAAAAUCCAUUGAAACCAUUUAUGCUGUAAAUAUUAUUUAACCCCUCAGUGACCAGACCGCUUUUCAAUUCUCUUACUGUUUGGGACCAGGGCUGUUUUUACAUUUCUGUGGUGGUUGUGUUUAGCUGUAAUUUUCCUCUUACUCAUUUACUGCACCCACACAUAUUAUAUACCGUUUUUCUAGACAUUAAAUGGUCUUUCUAAAGAUACCAUUAUCAUCAUCAUAUCAUAUAAUUUACUAUGAACAAAAUUAUAAAAUAUGAUUAAAAAAAAUGUAAAAAAAACACACUUUUUCAAACUUUGAUCCCCAAAAUCUGUUACGCAUCUACUACCGCCAAAAAAACACCCGUGCUAAAUAGUUUCUAAAUUUUGUUUGGAGUCUAGAAAUACCCAAUGUUAACAUGUUCUUAGCUUUUUUUUUUUUUUGCAAGUUAUAGGGCAAAAAGUACAAGUAGCACUUUGCUAUUUCCAAACCAUUUUUUUGUUUUCAAAAUUUACUCAAGUUACAUUGUAACACUGAUAUCUGUCAGGAAUCCCUGAAUAACCCUUCACAUGUAUGUAUUUUUUAAAAGAAGACAACCUAAGAUGUUAAACUUGUGAUAUUUUGACUCUUUUCAUGCAACUAUUUUAUCAACAAUCUGCCAAAUUAAAAAAAAAUUAUAAUAAUUGGUGAUUUUUUUUGACACACUUAGUAGUUUAAGAAUGUACAUGUACUGAGAACUUUAAGGGUUACUGCCAAAGAACACCCCAAUAUGUGUUCAGCAACAUCUCCUGAGUACAGUGAUACCCCCCAUGUAUAGGUGUGUCGGGUUCUCUGGGGGCUAAAAUACCUUAUUUGGAGGGUGCGCAUUAAGUUUUCCAACUUGGAAUUUUCACAGCUGGUCAUCAUGCACCCAUGUCCUAUUUGGGACAUUUGUGAAGCCGCCAAUGUAACUUACCCCCAUUAAACCCUUUUUUUUAGUAGAUAACCCACUGUAUUCAAAAUGGGGUAUAUCCAGUCUUUUUAGUAGCCACUUAGUCACAAACCCUGGCCAAAAUUAGCCUUUAUAUUUGGUUUUUUUUGCAUCUUUUACACAUAAACUGCCAUUUCACUGAUGAUAUUAUCAGUAUAAUACAUGUUACUGCUCUAAAACACUCAUAUUUGUGUUGAGUAAUAUCUCACGAGUACAACGGUAACCCUCAAGUACAGGUUUUAUAGUGAUUUAGAAAGUUACAGGGUCAAACUUAAGAUUUGCCUAUUUCUGUUUUUGUAAAUUGCUAUUGUUGCCUAGAAAUGAAAAUUAACCCCACCGUGACAUACCAUUUGAAAAAGUAGACAACCCAGGGUAUUCAAAAUGGGGAAUGUCCAGUCUUUUGUAGUAGCCACUUACAGUGGCGUCUCUAGGAUUCAUUUUUAGGGGGGCACAUGGUGGGCCAGGGACCAAAGUAGGGGGGCACAUUUAACCCCGACUGCUGAGUCCACAGACACACAGACUGCUGAGUCCACACACACACACACACACACACAGACUGCUGAGUCCAUACAAACACACACACGGACUGCUGAGUCCAUACAUACAGACUGCUGAGUCCACAGACACACAGACUGCUGAGUCCAUUCACACACACACAUACAUACACACACACAGAGACUGCUGAAUCCACACACACACACACACACACACACACAGACUGCUGAAUCCAUACACACACACACACACACACACACACACACACAGACUGCUGAGUCCACACACACACACACACACAGACUGCUGAGUCCACACACACACACACACACACACAGACUGCUGAGUCCAUACACACACACACACAUACAUACACACACACACAGAGACUGCUGAGUCCAUACACACACACAUACAUACACACACACACACAGACUGCUGAGUCCACACACACACACACACACAGACUGCUGAGUCCAUACAAACACAGACACACGGACUGCUGAGUCCAUACACACAUACACACAGACUGCUGAGUCCAUACACACAGACAGACUGCUGAGUCCACAGACACACAGACUGCUGAGUCCAUACACACACACACAUACAUACAUAAACACACAUACACUGCUGAGUCCAUACACACACACACAGACUGCUGAGUCCAUACACACACACACAUACAUACACACACACACACAGACUGCUGAGUCCAUACACACACACACACACACACACACAGACUGCUGAGUCCAUACACACACACACACAGCCUACUUGUCACUGGAGGCUGUUGCUGGGGGUCAGACAGCCAUCUUCUUGUUUUUCCAACAACAGCAUGGUCUGCUGCUUAACAAUGGGCGGGGCUUAUGUGCGGGAGGCAGGGCUUCGUUUGGGGGCAGGGCCUGUGCCGAGGAAGCUGCUGUCUCCACAGACAGCACCCAGCGCUCCAGCUGCUCUGUCCUGCAUUCCCUCCCUCGGGCUGUCACACACUCACACACUGUUACAGUCCGAAGGAAUAUAAUGUAAGAACAUGGCCAGCAAGUUGCCGGCAUUUGGGGGGGGGCACAUGAUGUAGGGGGAGCCAUGGCCCCCUCUGCCCCCCCCUAGCGACGCCACUGGCCACUUAGUCGCAAACACUGGCCAAAUUUAGCGUUCAUAUUAGUUUUUUGCAUUUUUCACACACAAACAAAUAUAAAUGCUAACUUUGGCCAGUGUUUGUUACUAAGUGGCUAAGAUUUUACUAUAUUUAGGGUUAGGGAGGCAAGAGGGGUGGCAGAGUGGAUAGAUGUUGGUUUUAACACUAUAGGGUCAGGAAUACAUGUUUGCGUUCCUGACCGUGUAGUGCUCUUUUAAUAAACACAAUUUAAGAUUUAAACACUCUCUGUUCGAUGAAAACCACAAAGGCGGGCUAGCAUGUGUUUAUCACAGUAACAGAGUUCUAGAAAUAUCACUUACUGAAAUAUUAAUUAAAUAUUGUUUAAUCUUAAGCGAUUUUGACUUUAAUUUAGAUUGUGCUAGAAGAUAAAAACACAAUAAUAAAAAGCUCUUAAUAGUUCCAUUCUGUCAUUAGUUUGGAUCUGUCAGUACCUCUGUCCUGUCAAUAGUUUGGAUCUAUUAGGACCUCUGUCCUGUCAUUAGUUUGGAUCUGUCAGUAUCUCUGUUCUUGUCAGUACCUCUGUCCUGUCAAUAAUUCGGAUCUGUCAGUACCUCUGUUCUUGUCAGUACCUGUGUCCUGUCAGUAAUUUGGAUCUGUCUGUACCUCUGUCAUGUCAGUAGUUCGGAUCGGUCAGUACCUCUGUCCUGUUAGCAGUUUGGAUCUGUCAGUACCUCUGUCCUGUCAGUUGUUCAGAUCUGUCAGUACCUCUGUCCUGUCUGUUGUUCAGAUCUGUCAGUAGCUUUGUCCUGUCAGUAUUUCGGAUCUGUUAGUACCUCUGUCCUGUCAGUAAUUUGGAUCUGUCUGUACCUCUGUCAUGUCAGUAGUUCGGAUCGGUCAGUACCUCUGUCCUGUUAGCAGUUUGGAUCUGUCAAUACCUCUGUCCUGUCAGGAGUUUGGAUCUGUCAAUACCUCUGUCCUGUCAGGAGUUUGGAUCUGUCAAUACCUCUGUCCUGUCAGUAUUUCGGAUCUGUCAGUACCUCUGUCCUGUCAGUUGUUCAGAUCUGUCAGUAGCUUUGUCCUGUCAGUAUUUCGGAUCUGUUAGUACCUCUGUCCUGUCAGUUGUGUUAAUCUGUCAGUACCUCUGUACUGUCAAUCCAUGAGUAACUACAAGCUCUACAAGUUGCAGUUUUGCUCCAUUCAUAGUAUUUCUGGGUAACACAAUAUAUUUCUUUCCCCUGACAGCAUACUUUGCUAAAGAAGGUGAAGAGUUUUGGAAGGACUCCGGCUGCAGAACCAAGUGUCGGUGUGAAAGUGACGGGGAUAUCCCUUGUGUGGACGAAGCUUGUCCCCCAACUGCCACUUGUGAACCCUCAGGAUCAUUUUACAAGUGCCAAGAAAAAGAGAAUUCUUGUAAUUAGAAUAUUUAAAAAAUGUAUUUCUAAACUACUAAAAAUUUCAAAGAGACAUAAAUCCUCCUCCCAGACCCACCACUUGUAACCAACCUUCACACACUCAACACCAAGUAAAGGCCCUUGUGAAAAGCCAUUAACCAUAUUCUUUAAUAAAUGAUGCAUCAGAGAUCAUAAGGGUUCUUCACUAUUGUGUGAAUUCACUCUCAAUAGACACUGUGGCAGACCACCUGGCACCCCGACUGGGUGCCUCCACCAAUCGAUGCUUCCUAGUGCUCACCGAGUACUCCAAGCACUCCACCAGACACCAUAACCACUGUAAACCCCGCAGCCAGUGUUACAGCUUGGCUGGGCUCUCGUUGUCCUCCAUCCACCCUCCAAGACGAGGAUCCAGUUUCCAGUGGGUGGACCUCUCCCAAUCCAGAGAGUAAAGCAGGAUAGCUCUUACAAGAGAUGGUGAUUAUAAUCCAAGGGAGUAUAGUGGUAUAGCAAUCCCCAGAGUGAAUAUAGCUGUUCCCUCCACACAGGCUCUAUGUUGAGGGUGAAGAGGAACUGGUUUAAUGGGAGCCACAUGCAGCCUUAUAUGCAACUCCUCAUGCAAGGGGUUUCUGGAUACAUAUUCCGGGGCAUUCCGCUCUGUACCUGAGAGGAGACUACAGUAAAACAUACAUAUAAUUACAUUGGCUCUCAGGUCCAGGACACUCCCACACAAAACAGGAUAAUCCCUCCCCUGUGCCUGAGAGAUAAAUGAGUCAGGAACUGUACUAAAUUCAAUUAUCUCCAGUCACAGAAAAUAUACAUUUUAACAUCCUAAAAGUACCCUCAAAACACAUGAAACCCCUCAUGCCAUGAUAGCCCCGAUGUGGGGAACCAACAUAUCCAGGAAUAACCCAGAUCGGUUCAGAGGUUCGGGACCGACCAUGCACAUGGUUCUAUGCCCCAAACAGUUCCAGGGAAUCAGGGUUAACGGUCGGCCUCUCUUUCUGGAGUACAAAAGUACAUAAAUCAAAUGAACGGAGCCUUUUAAAGUGCAUUGGGCAAGGUAUAUUGCAGGGCCCAUAGUCCUGAGGCAGGAGGCUGGCAAGCAGGCUCCUCCAGGAGCCUGGGGUGAGGUUCUGUUCGUCACAGACACGUCUGUAUGAAACUUCUACCAGGUAAUUUCUUCCUAUCCCUUUACGUUAUCUCCCACUUGUCUCUCCACCGUGGCCUCUAUCCCACAGCUUGGAGAAUAUUCCUGGUUGGCACUACCAAGACAUUACCUUGGAUUGAGAGCAAUGAAAAACCUAGAACAGUGAUAUCUAAACCCCCAGCCACCUGUUGUGAUGUAACAAGGUUACACAGGAGGAUGGGGUCUCGGAGGGAGCCAGAUGUCUCUUUGUAAUUGUGAAGUAGUUAUAUAGGGGGAUGGGGUCACGGAGGGAGCCAGAUGUCUCUUUGUAAUUGUGAAGUAGUUAUAUAGGCUAAUGGGGUUACAGAGGGAGACAGAUGUCUCUUUAUAAUUGUAGUUAUAUAGGGGAGUAGUAGUAGUUAUAUAGGGGAAUGGGGUCACAGAGGGAGCCAGAUGUCUCUUUGUAAUUGUGAAGUAGUUAUAUAGGGGGAUGGGGGUCACAGAGGGAGCCAGAUGUCUCUUUGUAAUGGUGGAGUAGUUAUAUAGGGGGAUGGGGUCACGGUGGGAGCCAGAUGUCUCUUUGUAAUUGUGGAGUAGUUAUAUAGGGGGAUGGGGUCACGGUGGGAGCCAGAUGUCUCUUUGUAAUUGUGGAGUAGUUAUAUAGGGGAUGGGGUCACAGAGGGAGCCAGAUGUCUCUUUGUAAUGGUGGAGUAGUUAUAUAGGGGGAUGGGGUCACAGAGGGAGCCAGAUGUCUCUUUGUAAUGGUGGAGUAGUUAUAUAGGGGAUGGGGUCACAGAGGGAGCCAGAUGUCUCUUUGUAAUGGUGGAGUAGUUAUAUAGGGGAAUGGGGUCUCGGAGAGAGCCAGAUGUCUCUUUGUAAUUGUGAAGUAGUUACAUAGGAGGAUGGGGUCUCGGAGGGAGCCAGAUGUCUCUUUGUAAUUGUGGAGUAGUUAUAUAGGGGAUGGGGUCACAGAGGGAGCCAGAUGUCUCUUUGUAAUUGUGGAGUAGUUAUAUAGGGGAAUGGGGUCUCGGAGAGAGACAGAUGUCUCUUUGUAAUUGUGAAGUAGUUAUAUAGGGGGAUGGGGUCACAGAGGGAGCCAGAUGUCUCUUUGUAAUGGUGGAGUAGUUAUAUAGGGGAUGGGGUCACAGAGGGAGCCAGAUGUCUCUUUGUAAUUGUGGAGUAGUUAUAUAGGGGAAUGGGGUCUCAGAGAGAGACAGAUGUCUCUUUGUAAUUGUGAAGUAGUUAUAUAGGGGGAUGGGGUCACGGUGGGAGCCAGAUGUCUCUUUGUAAUUGUGAAGUAGUUAUAUGGGGGAUGAGGUCACAGAGGGAGCCAGAUGUCUCUUUGUAAUUGUGAAGUAGUUAUAUAUCGGAUGGGGUCAUGGUGGGAGCUAGAUGUCUCUUUGUAAUUGUGAAGUAGUGGAGAUGAACUUCUUUAAAAAACUUCUUUCACUCUCUGAAAAUCUGUCGAGAUUUAGUACCCAUAGCACAAACUUCUUUAACUGCAAAUUUAUACGAAAUAAAUAAUUGCUGAC